GUGAGCAAAAGCAAACCCCUGUAUUCAGAGAUGUCUGGCAAACGGAAUGGAAAAAUAUCCACGUUUUUGUUUAUCGUAACUUUAACCUUUGACAAUCUACAUUUAAGUUUUUCGUUGAGUGAAGUCAUCAAGUUAAAGACAUUAUUUGGGUUGCCUGCUUUUCGAGAUAACGUGGAGAGCGAAUACCAUGUAAAUGCUCGGCAGACUCUCCGAACGCGGGGCAGUGUUAUGCCCAGACCUGCCCGCUCAGCUCUUCCACAGCAGCGGUCGUGGAUCGCGGGGUUGAGCCCACCGACCCUCCAUCGUUCAAGUGUGCCCAAACAGCUUGCAGAUCCGGACACAUAUGAGCAGAGGGCAUCGGAAGUCUCUCUGAAGUUUGGAAUUGGCAGUGAGCAAAAUACAAAAGAUUCCGGCAGACAUCGUGCUAGUGCUUAUCAAGCAGACUACCCAGGCUUUAAGGAAAUCAACAAGGGGAAUAUAUUUGGUCCUUCAUUUGAAGACAGCAGGCCUACUCCCUCUUCGGCAUGGCAGGCUAUGAGGCCCUUGGUUCAGUGUCACGACACCACCAUGACUUUGACGGCCUCUGGACAAGGAUUCUCACAAUUGUUUCUGGAAAGAGAGGGGGAUUUCCCCAUCUCUGUGUUUCACUUGCCACCAAACUGUGGUUAUUCGGUGACGGCCUCCCGGAAUGGCCUGGUAUUGGAAGCUCCCUAUGAUGGCUGUUACAUGACCAAGCAGAACGGCAGCUAUGUGCUGCCAAUGCUGUGGUGGGACAGCCCGCUGAGACUCUCCUGUCCGAUGCAGAAGAGCCCUCCCUCUCCAGCGUUAACCCUCUCUCGCCCGUGGGCCCUCUGCUCACCCUAUGGGGUGUCCGUGCACGUGUAUGGAACAGAUGAGGAGAUCCCCUCACUGGGCACCAUAGUGGAGGACAACUGGGAGCCGCUUGUGUCUCCGAAGUGUGCCUACCGUACAGAGGCCCCACUUGGAAAUCUCCUUUUCUAUAUACCCCUCAAUGCUCCCUGUCUACAGGCUCAAGAGGGUCUCCACCUCAGAGUGCUGAAGGAUUAUCAAGAGUUCUCUCUCUCCUGCCAAGAUCUCUCUUUCCUUCCCCCGCUCGUACAUAUUCCUCCACACACCCCUCCACUGUCUCCUGUCGACCCCAUCACUCCUGCACCGGUGCCCACCACUGCCUCACCUCCAACGCCUCAAUCCAUGACCCGGGGGCAGGUGAUCUGGCCUCCUAGCUCCCUGAACUAUCCUCACCCUGGGCCCCGGUUCCCUCAUCUCCCCCUGGUCUACCCUCCAGGGCCCCAGCCCAAAAGCCAUUCUCAACCCUCUCCAGAUGUUGCUCCUGGACCUCCAGCGCAGUUCCCCCAUCUCUACUCAGGGCCUGGUCAGCAGCCGCUUUCCCCCCAUCCACCCCCAUCCCCUCCUCAGCCGCCUGCCGUGGAGCAAACAUCUGGCCCCAGUGUGGACCCAGUGAACCAGUCUCCAAAAUGGCCUCCUUGGCAGGGUUUUUAUUAUGGGUAUGAGCCCUACAUGCCGUUGUACGGUUCCCAAGUCCCUCACAAAGCACCUUCCCCCUCCGACCAAAGCACUACAGCACGUCCCCCGAAAGCCCCACCACAUGCACCCCACAUGGCUCCUUACGACCAGCAAUAUAAUCCACAGCAGUCGUACCAUCCGCUGCACACAUUCUCCCAAGUUCCUCAAAGCCCCGUGAGCAUUGUCCACCCUGCUUUCCCUGCUCCUCCUCGACAGCUUUUUGUUCCACGACAGCCACUCUCAUAUAGUCAGUAUUAUCCUUAUUGGUCAGUGUUCACCCCAAGAUCUUUCUCUGAUGGAUCCCCGCCCCUCCCUUCUCAGCCUCCUACCACUCCUACUACUCCUACCCCCACCCUAAGGACAACGCGUUCUAAGGGACCAUCUGGUCCUGACCACAGACCCCCCGCUUCACUUUGCCCGCCUAAUACUCGGCCCUUCUGUUGGUACCACCCUGAUGCUCCUCACAUCCCCCCCACACCUGCUCCACCAUAUCCACCUCAGCACACCACACCGAUGACUCCAGGGUCCCAGCCGUUUCCCAGCCCUGCACCUCCGACCUCAACCUCCAAACUUGUGAGGUCCCUCGGACCACAGCCCCCGAGGCUCCAGUGUUAUAGCGAGAGGAUGACGGCCUUCCUGCCCUCUCCUCAUCCAGACUCCAUCCAGAUCAGAGCUUUAACGGCAGACUUCAAGAAGGCAUGGCUGCCCCUUUCGUCUGUGUCCCCGCUGUGCAAGUUCAAGCUGUCGCUUACCAAGGAGCCCGGACUGAUGUUUGAGUCUCCAAUACCAGCCUGCCACAGCCAGCAAAAGACUCCCACAACCCUGUCGUUACGGCUCAGGUUCUGGGACGUAAUUCUGUCCCGGAAGCGCAUCCUGGAGUUCCAGUGUCCUUACAGUCGUCCUCUGCCCGGGACGGCGGUGGCCGACGGUCCUCCCGUCCCUCCGGACAGCCCUGCAGCCAGCCUCCCUCCUCCCACGCCUCGCCCUCGUCAUGCCAAGCCAGACCUCCCCUGGGAAAUGUUGGGACUACGUGCCAUUGCGGCUCAAGGGUGCAACCUUCCUGAGGACCAGCGCCUCCCCUGUGGAACGAGUGCUCUGACCCAGCCGCAGUGCCUCUCCCUGGGCUGCUGUUUUAAUACGCGCCCCCCUGCAUGCCACUACCCCAUGGAUGAGUGCACCCUUGACCACCACUUUGUCUUCAGCGUGCCCGCCUCCCUCACCUACCCCCCUCUGUCCCCCGCCCUGCUGGCCGCCCCUGGACACCCGUCAUGCACGCCUCAGAGGGUCACGGCUGACUACGCCUUGUUUCUGAUCCCAAUGGACAGCUGCGGGGCGCUCAGGAUGGUCAUUGGCAAGACGGUGAUCUACAUUUUGGAGAUCGUUAAUAAAGUGGAGUCCAUUACCCUCGACUAUGGCACCAUCACCAGAGACUCGCCAGCCAGGAUCCUGGUGGAGUGUCGCUACAAGCCCGGCCCCCCUUUGGUCACCGCCGGUUACAUGACCAAGAUUCCAUCCCUGGGACCUGGACUUCAAGGUCAGGGAGUGAUCGGAGUUCAGCUUCGGAUUGCGAAAGAUGCUCACUACAGCAGCUUCCACGCCCAGUACCACGCGCCCCUGCGCACGCUGCUGAGGCAGCCCCUCUACCUGGAGGUCCGUCUGGUCAACCCUCCGGACCUCCAGGUGGUGCUGCUGGUGCAUUACUGCGUGGCCUACCCCCGCUCGGGAGCCACCAUGUGGGUCCUCCUCUACAAGGAGUGUCCUAACCCCUUGGAUCCCGCACCACACAACGUUGUUCUUCCCUCCCCUGAGAGCCAGACACGCAGGUUCACCAUCACCACCUUCCAGUUCCUCCAGAAGGGGAAGACUUAUGACCUGGACCAAGAGGUCUACUUCAUGUGCUCCACGGAGGCCUGCGUGCCUCAGGACAGGCCCUGUUUGGAGGGCUGCCUGGGCCAGUGACGGACUACACAGGACACAGCGCCACUCGCUCACGGCUGGCAGGAGCUCGGAGUCACCGUGCCAACGGCGUGUCUGAGUGAGCCUCCAGAAGACCCACUCCCACUGGAAACUCAGGACGGAGUGGCAAUGGUUCAAUAUGACAGCGGGACAAUGAGUUAGUAAUGAGGAGCGUUUUGAAUAAUUUAGCAGUACUUGCUGAUCCAUUUCCUGUUUUUUGUUUUUUUCCUUUUUUGUUUUAUUUGAAAUGGAAGCAGUGUGUGAACAGUUGAUGUCCUGAGAGCGCUGGUCUCUUUAGUUAAAGCAGCACAGUAGUGUGUGUACUGAAAAUACGUUCAACUAGAAAUACACUGUAAUACUGCUUUUCCUGCUCCUUCAGGCCGGAGCCUGAAGGAGUCACGUUCUCUGCCAAUAAAACUCAACAAAGUAAACUUAAAGGGGCUAAUUAGUUGUAUUUUUGUUAUUUGCUUUUUGCUAGCGAGUUUAAUAACAGGAGGGGGGCUCACUGUCAAUAAAUAGUUCAUGUUGUGGA